GGGGCCUAGGGGGAGAGGAAGGACGCAAGGGAAGAAGGAGGAAGGAGGGAGCGGCCAUCUUGUUGUCGCGUCGCUGUUGCUGCCGCCGCCGCCGCCGCCUGCGAGGCCGCCAUCGUCCCGAAAGGAGCCAGCGGCCGAGGGCGGAGGCGCGGGAGCGCGAGAGCGAAGGGGAGAGCGGGCCACAGCCGGAGGGGCCGCCGGGCGCGGAUUGAAGUGAGUGAUUUGGGAUAGAACUCAAGUUUGUUAGAAGACUUUUUAAAAAAGGAGUUGUUCCACAGUGCAUCAGCGCAAGUGACUGCUUUACUCUUGAGUGACUUUACAGGUGCUUGCCUUCGUUGCAAUAAAAGGACUCAACCUAUUGAGCAGGACAUAAUUUAUCUCUUCAUCUUGGAGAGCCUAAUAAACUAUUACAGUUUCCGUACUCUAAAAGGAAAAUUUUGAAGUUGCAAAAGACACCUUGGCGCAGAUCCAAACAUGAGUACGGCCAGAACAGAGAACCCUGUUAUAAUGGGUCUCGCCAGCCAGAACGGACAGCUCCGAGGCCCCGUCAAGCCCAGCGGGGGCCCAGGCGGCGGAGGGGGCACGCAGGGCCAGCCCCAGAUCAACCCUCUGAAGCACCCCAAUGCCAUCAACAACGGCACCCAGCAGCAAGCACAGAGCAUGGCCUCCACCAUCAAACCUGGCGAUGACUGGAAGAAGACUUUAAAACUCCCUCCAAAAGAUCUGAGAAUCAAAACUUCGGAUGUGACAUCCACUAAAGGAAAUGAAUUUGAAGAUUACUGCCUAAAGCGAGAGUUGCUGAUGGGAAUUUUUGAAAUGGGCUGGGAGAAACCAUCUCCUAUUCAGGAGGAGAGCAUCCCCAUUGCUUUGUCUGGAAGAGACAUCUUGGCUAGAGCUAAGAACGGAACCGGCAAGAGUGGCGCCUACCUCAUUCCCUUACUUGAACGGCUGGACUUAAAAAAGGACUACAUACAAGCAAUGGUGAUCGUUCCCACACGAGAACUUGCCCUGCAGGUCAGCCAGAUCUGCAUCCAGGUCAGCAAACACAUGGGAGGGGCCAAAGUGAUGGCCACCACCGGAGGCACCAACCUGCGUGACGACAUCAUGCGGCUGGAUGACACAGUGCAUGUGGUGAUCGCCACGCCAGGGAGGAUCCUGGAUCUCAUCAAGAAAGGAGUGGCAAAGGUGGAUCACAUCCAGAUGAUCGUUCUAGAUGAGGCAGACAAAUUGCUCUCCCAAGAUUUUGUCCAGAUAAUGGAGGACAUUAUCCUUACGCUCCCCAAAAACAGGCAGAUCUUGCUCUACUCUGCCACAUUCCCUCUCAGUGUACAGAAGUUUAUGAAUUCCCACUUGCAGAAACCCUAUGAGAUUAAUUUGAUGGAGGAGCUGACCCUGAAGGGAGUGACCCAGUACUACGCUUACGUGACCGAGCGCCAGAAAGUGCAUUGUCUCAACACACUCUUCUCCAGGCUCCAAAUCAACCAGUCGAUCAUCUUCUGCAACUCUUCCCAAAGGGUCGAAUUGCUAGCGAAGAAAAUCUCCCAGCUGGGAUAUUCGUGUUUCUACAUACAUGCAAAGAUGAGACAGGAGCACCGCAAUCGCGUGUUCCACGAUUUCCGGAAUGGCUUAUGCCGCAAUCUCGUUUGCACUGAUCUGUUUACCCGAGGUAUUGAUAUCCAAGCUGUGAAUGUUGUGAUAAACUUUGAUUUUCCAAAGCUGGCAGAGACAUAUCUCCACCGUAUUGGCAGAUCAGGACGAUUUGGCCACCUCGGCCUGGCCAUCAACUUGAUCACCUACGAUGAUCGAUUCAACCUGAAAAGUAUUGAAGAGCAGCUGGGGACAGAGAUCAAGCCCAUCCCCAGCAACAUCGACAAGAGCCUGUACGUGGCGGAAUACCACAGCGAGCCCGGAGAAGACGGAAAAGCGUAAGGGCCGCGCUGCGCUUAAACACUCAAGCAAAAAGAGCCCUUUGAUCUGGACAUGUGAUGCAUCCUUUCUUUGGGGAGGCCCUUCUCUUUGUGGUUUUUUUCAUCUUUAUUUUAUUUGUUUGUUUGUUUUGAACUAUGAAGAUUAAAGAGCUGAGAUCCCCCCUUUUUUUCUUUUUUCCCCCCUUUUUUAAUUUGGCUGUGAGGACGAAAGCAGAAGACAGGACGGAAAUACCUUUGUUUUCCCCACACGUUCGUUGCACUGUGUGCCGACUGGACAAUUGGUUGCACUAACUGCUGGUUUUUAAUUUCUUUCUUUGUGGCGGAGAAGGAGGAGGAGAAGAAGAACUCUGAGCAGAGGAAGGAGACUCCCCGACUCCCCAGAGCUUUCCUUGCGAUUCCAGGUCCAACCCCUGAGUGCAUUUCAACUUCUCCCCGGCUCCUCAUCUGUCUUCUGAGCUAAAGAGCUUGUUACUUAUUUGUGCAAAGUGCCUUAUGCUACGAGACCAUUCAGAAUAUCACCUUUCCGAGAACAACAGCCCAAGGAGUCCAUUUGGUUCAGGUCAACGCCCCCCUCCGCACCUCCGCCCCCUUCCCUUCCCUUCUGCAGACAAGCUGGGCCCGGAGGGGGUGACCCUUGUCCAAAACACCCCCUUUUUUUCUUUUUUGUUCAACCUUUUUUUAAAAAGAAAAACAAAACACAAUGGAGGAGUUGAGAUGCAGUUGCAGUUCACCCACUUUGUAAAUAACCUGUAUUUAAGCGAAGUAACCUGGACCAUCUGGGUCGACGGAGCGUGACCAUGGCCCCAAACGGAGGAAAGAGCCGCUUGCCAGGAGCCUCGGCCUCGACGGGAACACUGCCCUCGAACGAACGAACGACCGGUCCCUCUCCGAGUCUCCUUUGGCGGCCGGCCCUCGCGAGGUAGACUCGUCUCCGAACCGUGGGGUGGUCUUUCCUCUCUGAAGCGUGCUCCGCUGAGAAUUGGAUGUGUAUACUUGUAUAGACUCUGUAAAUAAGUGUUUUUUUUCCCUGUUAUGGGUUCAUAUAUAACUUUUUUUCCUUUUUUUUUUUUUUUGAUGAAGAUUGCUGGGGUUAAAGGGAUUAUAGAUAGAUCUUGACAGCAGCUCAAGGUGAGAGGGGCUCAGUUUCCUGCAACACUGCUCUGUGCCAAGUUUCUCCUUUCCCAAUAUGUCCGGCCUGCUCUAACGCUUUGGGCCAAAAGGAUAGCAAGGCUCCUCUCGAGGCACUCGUUUAGAUUCCCCAUACCCUAAAAAAAAAAAACAGCAAAAUAAGCAUCUCAAUUAUCAGGGGAAGAAGAGCUCCUUUGCCUUGCUGCACAGAGAGAGUGGAUUUGGGAGGACAAAUGGCAAACGCCACUGGCCGGUUCUGGAGCCCUCAUGUCUGCUUUCCUCGAGUGACCCCCAAAGCAGGCCAGGCCCAAGGGCUGGGCUCUUUCCCCCCUCCGCUUGCCCUCUUCCUCGGCGGGAGGCCCAGCAGUGUUGCCUGAAAUUGCGCCCCUCCCAACAUAUGCUUGAUGUUUGGCCUGAUCUGCAGGCAAAAGGAGUGAGACAACUCGAACCUGUAAACUUCUUAAGAAUUCCCUUCCAGCCUGACCAGCAACGGGCCGCCAGGAGGCACUGGGAGAGGCACGCAGCCACCACCCCCCCCCCCCCCGCCUCCUCCCUUGCGGACGCCGCGUAUUCAGGCGUUGCACUUGCGCCCCUUCCUCCCCGGCCUCCUUGCCCUCCGGGGCCGAGGUUUGUUCGCCUCGGCUCCUCUGGGCCGGAAGGGCUUCCCCACCAGCACGCAUGCUGGAUCCCAGUGCCUCCUGGCAGAGCCCUCUUUCACAGUGAAAUUGUUUUUGUCUAUGAGUAACUCCACAGGAACGUUGUCGUAGCAGCAGCUGCACUAAAGAGCAACCCCUCUCUCUGCUGGGGAGUCGGGCGGGCAAGGAUUCUCUCUUCAAAAUAGGCAAAUCUGACCAAAAGUAUGGCCGUCCGCCUUCCCAGCAGAGGAGGAGGAGGAGGAGGAAGGGGCAGUUUGAGUGCAAAAGGGACGUGUGUGCAGAGCCCCGGGGCCUUGGUUGCGAGCGCCUGUGUUUGCACACUUCCCCGACGGUGCCACGAGUGGAGGUGGCCCCUUUGCACCCCCCUUUGCAAGUCCCUCUCGAAGCACAGCAUUUUUAAAUGGAAAGUAUUACUCUACUGGGGCCGCCGGUUAGAGGAGCGGCCAACGCAGCCAUUUUGGGUGGCCUUUCCUGGGUCAGAGGGCCACCCAACCUUGGCUAGUAGCAGUCCCUCCCUCGCUCUCUUUCUUUCUCUCCAGAGCGCAGAGGGACUGUUUCUAAAAGGAAAGAUGCUCCAAAUGCGGGCUGGGGGGACACAGCCCCUUUUUUCCCCCUUGUCAGAAAAUACAGAAACAUUUCUAAAUUUGUGUUCAUAAAAGUGAAGAUUGCCCUUUGCUGAUCUGAAAAGGAGAGGCUGAAAUGCCUUUGGGGCUGAUUCAGCCCUCGAUGAAGGUGGCUCUCUCUUCCCAAAAUUUGCAGUGGGUUUCCCCGGGUGGGGCGGGGGGUGGGUGGACCUUGAGUUUUAUUUCUUUUCUCUAGAAUGAGGUGGGAGCAUCUUUCCUUCGGCCUUUUGUCUUUGUGCCUGUCGCUGGGGUUGGGUGCGAUCAUGGAAGCCGGGUGCAGAGGCGGCAGAGGCCGUUCUUGUCAGGCAUCUCAUUCUAGUCGUCUUUCUUUUAGGGGUGGGCUCACCUGGAGAGGGUUGGCCAGGUGAGCGGCCUCCGUGGGCCCUUGUUCCCGGCAGUGAACUGACCCCCGCUGCUGGGGCCAAGGGGCAGUCGGCAUUGCCGUUUGAGCCAGAGCCCCCUUUCGAACCUGGGAGGGUCGGUGUCUUUUCCUGGACUCUGUGACUCCCUCUUAGGCUCUGAAAGGGAGAGCGGAAGAGGUCUCCUUUUCUGGCAGGAUCCACGAACCCUCUCCAGGUGAUUGGGGUGGGAUGGGGAGGGGUCUCUAAGAUACAGCCCGGCUGUGUUUUAACCACGAAUUUGGGGGGGGGGGGGUGAGGGGUUGGGAGGCAGAAAUAAGUCAGAAGACUCCCUUUAUUGACAAACUGGAAAACUAAAGAGGGACACACUCCUUUAUUUUUGGUUUCAAACAACCUUAAUGCGUUGGUCCCCCGACCAGGCGAACAGCGGGGACCACAAUUUGGAAACGGGGUGGGAGGGGGGAAAGGGGGACACGAUCCUCUAAUUUUUUUUUUUUUUUGGGAAAACUGGUACCUGGCAGAUGUCCAGCAGAGCUCGGUUUUGGUUCGGUGUAUUCUCUCUGUACGCAAUGAUGUAUUGGAAGGCCGGUGGCCGCUGCGUCAGAGUCCAGGAGUGAUUAAGGAUGCCACCCUGAGUGGUUUGAAAACAGAAUUGGCUCAAUAAAAGCUCACUGGGACUUA